AUUCGGGUCCCGCUGUGCCCGCAUUUUCCGCCUUCUCUUAAGAAAGAGGCACCUGGAACAGAAGCAGAUCGAGGACUUUGCCAUGAUCCCGGGCAAGGAAGCCAAAGAAAUGAUGUACAAAAUGUUGUCGGCCAAUAUCGUAGCUCUGCAGGAAAUCCCCAAAACUCCAGAUCACGCACCUUCCCGGACGUUCUACUUGUACACCGUCAAUACUCUCUCGUCCGCCCGGAUGCUGCUCCAGCGCUGUUACAAGUGUGUGGCCAACCUGAUAGAACGGCGGCUUCACGAGACCAAGGAGAACCGGCGUCUGCUGGAGAAGAGCCAGCGGGUGGAGGCCAUCCUUGCCUCGGUCCAAGCCACGGGGGCUGAGGCGGCGCAGCUGCAGGAGAUUGAGGAAAUGAUCACGGCACCCGAACGGCAGCAGCUGGAGACUCUCAAGCACAAUGUCAACAAGAUCGAUGCCAGUGAAAAUCAAGUGGAUGAAACCAUCUUUAUUUUGGAAUCGUACAUCAACAGCACCAUCAGACACUGACCCGUCAGCUGGAGCUUGAUAAAUCCUGUCCUGGUCUUCUAGUUUUUAAAGUCUGAUUUGUU